AUGAAGGCCGAGGGCAGCCAUUGCGACGACGGUGGCGGUGCUCCAGAUUGUGCCUGGGAGCAGUGGCAGCAGCCGUGGCUCAGCGGCGGCCAUUGGGGCGGCGCGGGCUACGGCGUGGACGCCCCCCCGCUGCUGCCUGGGGGCUGGGGCGGCGGCGCCAGCCCCGCGGCGGCCGCGGUUGCCGCCGCCGCCUGGCAGAACUGGAUGCAUGGCGCCUGCCAGUGGGGCCCGCCAGCGUUCGCUGACAGGGGCUACGCCGCCGCGGCGUGGGACCCCACGCGGCCGCCUUACCCGUGGGACUUCAGCCCGGCGGCCACCCCGACGCCAGGCGCGGCUUCGUCGUCCUCACCACUCCAGGUGGCGUGGCCCCCAGAUCCGCGCUGGGCGCCCCAGGAUGCACAGACUGUCGGACGGCCGCCCGCCGCGCACACCAGCGCCGAUCCAGAGGCUGUGCCGGGCGGUUCGGACGACCUCAAGGAGGCAGACACGCUGGAUGCAAGGCACAGGCCGUGGAGGAGGCCGACGGCCCGCCUUUGGUGCUACAUCUUUCUUCACAAGAGGCAUCCAGAAUUUGACAUCGUGCCCAUGCUGAUCGGCAGGGGCGGCCGCAACAUGAGGGAGAUCAACACCGCCACCAACGCGAAGAUCCGCGUGCGUGGCAAAGGCAGCGGCCACCUCGAGGCGGACGGCAGGGGCGAGGCGCCGGUGCCGCUCAUGGUGGCGGUCACCGCCAACCACGCGGACGCUGAAGGCUUCAAACAGGCGAUUCAGAUGACGCUCGCGCGGUUGCGGGAGGUGAGCGACAAGUAUCGGCUGUUCUGCCAGAAUAAGGGCUUGCCGCCCCCCUCGUCGCAGGAGACCGUCUUCAGCAUCGGUGAGGUCUCCAAAGAGGCGAAGGCGAUGCUGGCAGGCAUGCCAAUCGACGGGGAGCCUAUGCUAGGCGACCGGUGCGCCGGGGAGUCGGAGCCUGGGGGCGAGGUCGCUGGGGUUGAGGCGGACGCGGCGCCGCGCGAGGCGUACGCAGAGGCGGACGAGGCGCCGCAGCGGGGGGGGCGCCGGGCACUGCGCCGCCGGCAGCGCGGGGAGCAGCGGGCGCACGGCGGGGUUGUCGAGUCUGGCGCCCUCGCGGCCUCGGGUGUGGCGCACGACUGCCACGGCGUGGCGCCCUUCGACCUGACCGCCGCGCUCGAGGCUGCCGCGAACGACCCGUGGGCCGGCUGGAAGCCGCAGGGCCUGGGCGGCCCUCCCGCGAGUGAGGACGCGCCAGGCCGGGCAGGGGAUGAGCUGGCUGCGGAGCGGCGAGGCCCGCAUCCAGGGAUGCCGCCACACGCUCCGCCGCCGCCGCCGCCGACCCUGGAGCCCGCGGGUGCCGUCGGGGCCGCCGCGCAGGCGAACUCCGACGACAAUCACAAUCUUGAAGAUCUAAUUGCGUCCGAGGUUUCUGCUUUCUUGAACAACUCCGGCGCCGACUCGGACUCGUCGGAUCUUUUUUUUCGAAUUGCCGUAAUCCAUAGUGGAAUCCCGCCCGAGUAUGUUGGUGAGCGAAGUUAG